AGGAAACCGCGACGCCGCCGGCGCGGAUCGUGGUCUUCUCAGACCAUGGCCAAGUUCGUGAUCGCGGGUAAAGCGGAUUGUCCGUUUUAUGCCAAAGCAGAACUUCUGGCAGACUAUUUACAAAAGAAUCUUCCUGAUUUCCGAAUAUUUAAAAUCACACAGCACCCUGAUGUUUGGGAGGAGUGGCUGAAAGGAGUGUGUGAAAAGAAUAAAUGGAAUCACAAAAGGUCUCCAAUCAUCUGGAGAGAAAUGAUCGAUCGUGGAGGAAAGGGUCUGCUCCUGGGUGGACAUAACGAGUUCUUAGAGUAUGCUCAGCUGUAUUAUGGUGUCACCUCUAGUAUGACAACUCAGAUGAUGAUGGUAAUUGCUCAAGAGAAUCUGGAAACACACAUAGGAAAAGAACUGGAGAAAGAAGCCCUGAGCGAUCUUAUCAACCCCUUGCAGGUCUGGAUCACCAGUGCAUCCUCCCCGGCUAGCUACAGCCUGAUUCCCAUACUGAUCAGCGGUGAAGUGUUUGGCAAGAACACCGAAAUCAGCCUUACUCUAUUUGACCAGCCGAAGGUGGAAAAUUAUCUCAAAGUCAUGGUGAUGGAGACCCAGGACAUGGCAUCUCAGAUCCUCCUCAGAACCUCCUAUUGCACCAAGAUAGAAGAGGCCUUCCGCCAAGCGCAGGUCAUCAUCAUGCUGGAUGAGAACACCGAGAAGGAGGUGACCAGCCUGGAAGACUGCCUGAGGAGCAAGGUGUCCCUGUGUCGCCUCUACGCAUACCACAUAGAGAAAAAUGCUCAGGAAUCUGUCAGGGUCAUUGUGGGAGGAAAAAACUUUGUGAAUCUGAAAACGAUUUUGCUUAUGCAGUUUGCCCCAACCAUCGCACACAACAUUGUCGCCGUGGCCAUGGGUGUGGAAGGCCAAGCCAGAGCCAUGGUGGCCAGAAAGCUGAAAACAACCUCCUCAUGCAUCAAAGAUGUGAUCAUUUGGGGCAACAUCAGCGGGAAUAACUAUGUGGAUCUGAGGAAAGCGAGGGUUUAUGGAUAUGAUAGUGCAAUUUGGGGGCCUCCUAAUUAUUCUCGCCCUGUUUUAAGCUUGCUUUUUGACAGAGAAUGGAUACAGAAAGAAUUUGUGAUGACUCUUAAAAACAUGACAGCCACAGGAAAACUAUUUGGAGGCAUUUUGGCUGCACAUAGCAUCACCACUACUUUGAAAUACUGGUACCAUGGCUCACCACCUGGGGAGAUUGUGUCCUUAGGAGUAUUGAGUGAGGGCCAAUUUGGUAUUCCGGAAGGGAUUGUCUUUUCUAUGCCUGUGAAAUUUGAGAAUGGGACCUGGAUGGUUCUUACUGAUCUUGAAAACAUUGAAAUAAGUGGAAAAAUAAUGAACAACCUGACAAGUGAUCUGUUUCAGGAGAAACUUGUUGCACUUGGAAACAACAUAAUUUUUCAGCCUUACAGAUCAGGUAAUGUCUUUAGAUAUUUUACUUCAUUGAGCUACUAUGAAGAGCAUUAAAUACUUGUUAUAAAUGAAUCACUAUUAAUGUAGAUACUCAAAUCCAUAUUUCAUUAUUUUUCACUAAAUUACUGACAAAAGAAACUACCAAAUUCAGAAUCUUUUGAAAUGAAACACGGUAAAAAUGUUAAAGAGAUCACCUAAAACACCUACCUAAAUUUUGUAUAGAGAAUAUUUAAUAGUUUUGUAGACCUACUAUAAUAAAUUGCCAUGAACUAGGCAGAUUAAAACAGCAAUGACCCAAGAUAAAUUGAUUAUAUGUGCUAAGACCCUAUUUU